CUCAGAUUUGAAUGCCAGGGGCCAGUGCUCUGUCACACAGCGGCACUGAAGCAGCCUUGCUUGAAGCAAGCUUCCUUUGGCCUAAGACUUUGAAGGAGUCAAGACAGUCAAGCUGGAGACCGAAAUGGACAGCCUUCUGAUGAAAAGAAGGAAGUUUCUUUACCACUUCAAAAAUGUCCGCUGGGCUAGGGGUCGGCACGAGACCUACCUGUGCUACGUGGUGAAGAGGAGAGACAGCGCCACCUCCUUCUCACUGGAUUUCGGCCACCUUCGCAACAAGUCGGGCUGCCACGUGGAACUGUUGUUCCUACGCUACAUCUCGGACUGGGACCUGGACCCCGGCCGGUGUUACCGCGUCACCUGGUUCACUUCCUGGAGCCCCUGCUACGACUGUGCCCGGCACGUGGCUGAGUUUCUGAGAUGGAACCCCAACCUCACCCUGAGGAUUUUCACCGCACGCCUCUACUUCUGCGAGGACCGCAAGGCGGAGCCCGAGGGGCUGCGGAAACUGCAUCGCGCCGGGGUCCAAAUCGGGAUCAUGACCUUCAAAGACUAUUUCUACUGCUGGAAUACAUUUGUAGAAAAUCGUGAGAGAACUUUCAAAGCCUGGGAGGGGCUGCAUGAGAAUUCUGUCCGUCUAACCAGACAGCUCCGGCGCAUCCUUUUGCCCUUGUAUGAAGUCGAUGACUUGCGAGAUGCAUUUCGUAUUUUGGGACUUUGAUAGCAACCUCCUGGAAUGUCACAUGUGAUGAAAUUUCUCUGCUGAAGAGAGUGGAUAGGAAAACAAUCCUUCAAGUACCUGUUUUUCUUCUUAAAUGCUCAUUUUCAUAGAGUAUGGGGGGAAAUUAUAAGACUUUUAAAAAAUGCUUGCUAUGCAAAAUAGCAUAGGAUCUCCAGAGGGAUGAUACAACUGGCAGUUUUGAGAGCAACAUCGCCAUCUGCUGGGGAACAACAGAACUUCAUGACUUUGGACCAUAGCAACGUUUCUCUGAGUUUUAAGCAGGAUGGAAACAGAAGGUAUAUGCUUAGAAGAGCAUAUGGAGACGAACACGCGAUUUGUUACACGCACCUUCUGUGUUUUUAUUCCUUUGAAUUAUCAGAGGUACCAGUGACAGAUUUUUCUACUCUCUUCCUUUGGGGCUCACUUUCAAGGAAGCCUUUUCCCUGAGGCCAUAGCUUGUGGUCUGUCCUGGUGAGGGAGCAGGACCAACCAUAAACCACUCUCUCCAAAGCAUUAAUAUGCAGGCAUGCGCUGUACGUUUUCAUUGUCUGUCGUGCUUUUUUAUAUUUGUGUGUGAGAGGGCUUGGGUGGGCUUUGAGCUAUGUGUGAUCAGCGCUGGGUGGCUGUAGUAAAGGACCUUAAAAGGCAGAUGAGGACUAUGAAGAAAUCUGGAAAUGAAUUGAUGCCGCAGGGAGCGAAUGCUCUGGGAACACAGACUUUUUUUUUUAAUGUCAUCAGCUUCUUUGCAAUCUGAUCUAGCGUAAGAGUUCAAGAGUUUAAGUCAAUUUUCAGAGCACAUCUCUUAAACAGCCUUCAUUCUCUGAAAGGGAUGAAUUAAGCAUCCUAAUUUUUUUAAGUAGUCGGUGCCUUGCAAUAAAGAAAGGAGCAGCAAAACCAGAUCCAACAGUCAUCAGAGCCACUUGCUUCCCAGUAGAAAUGGCAGAUUCUUCCCGGGUCCUCCUCCAGUGGCUGCGACUGACACAGAGGUGGUGAGCCUCCGGAUGCUUUGGUCCAACACGGUGCUGCUGUGGAAGCACCCAGAAGGGUGCAGAGAUGGGAGGCGGCAGAAAUGGCUGCAUCACUCUGUUUCCUUCCCUCACGACCGACUCUUAAAGAAGCCUGUGCUUUAGAAACGCCACAGACUUCUAGUAAUGGACACCUGGGAGCUGCUUGAGUAUCGAGAGGUGAUCUGUUCUCGUUGGUGGAUUGCCAACAGUUAGAGGUUUCCAGUUUUUGUAUGUGUGUGAUGCUGCUCCCCCAAACUAUGAACAGUAUAAGAGGGGGACAAGAUGGCGUGUUUGAGGCCAGCCUGCGCUGCACAGUGAGACCCUAUUUAAAACAGUGGUGGGGUGGUAAACAAUACUUAAUAAGGAAAAAAUGCAAAACCACAAAAGGAAAUUAUGUUUUACCCAACAAAAUCUAAGGAACCAACAUAGACUCCCUAUUUGUCCCUCUGUGUGCCUAGUCUCCCUAACAACUACCUUGGAUGGUGAGAAAAGAAUUCAGAAUAAACGUUCCUGUGCCGUUAUUACCCAAUUACCCUUAUAAUGCAAUUAAAAGUCCCACGGGAAGUCCUGUGCACACAAUGUAUUUAUUGUAUGUAAACUGCUGUGGAAGAGUUGAAAAUAAAUAUCGUGACUUCCUGUA